UUCAGUAGCUCAACAAAAUACAUAGUUUUAGAGGAAAUAAAGGAAAAGAAUUAAAAAAAGGGCUAAAACUUAUUGCAUCAUCGGACCUCUAGUGCAUAGGAGAGCCCAGCCCACCUCAGUCAUAUCUUACCUCCUGUUACACUGCGAGCACGGAGUUGUGGCGUCCAUCCAGGCAGCCAUGGCCACCGAUGGCAUCGUGUCGGCCAUCCCACGGCUCCCCGUGUGGAUAAGAUUCGCCCCUGCUCUAUCUCUCCCUUCCCGAAACCCUAGCCCCCCGGCCUCGAUUUCCAUCUCACUCUCGCCCCCCUGCAUUGAUCUAGGGAGGCGCCCGACGCAGCCGUCACCGUUCGCUGUUGAUUCGGCGACCGCCGUCGUCCUCGCGCCCCUGGAGCUUGUCCAGGAGAACCACCACAACCCUCUUUGUCCAUUCAGAGCACCAAAUCGAGUCGAGACAGACUGUAUGCUCGCCAUCGACAUCGUCUUCUUCGCGUACAUCGUCUUCGUCCAUCACCGAUUGCCACUGCUCCGGUCCACCUCCGGCCUCCUCGACCUCACCUCCGAGCUCCUGACCCCGAGACUGACGCUACUGCCGAGUACGACUACCCUCCUGACGACCAACCCUUUGCCGUAGAGCAACAAAGUGAUGGAACCUAGGAGAUGGCAUAUCCCGUCGAUAACGACUACUACCCCGACGAUGCCUACUAAGUGGAGGCCGCUGAGGACGUUGACUAGUUUAAGAGGUUCCCAGACUGGAGGCCUCGCCUCGUUCGAUCGUUAUCCCUUUUGUGCUAGCCUUUUGUAAGACUUUUCAUGUUUCAUGUCUGUACUCACAUAUUCAUUGCUUCCGCUUACUCGUGUGUUUAUCGAGCUUCUGUAUUCUAGCCCUCGAGGCCCCUGGCUUGUAAUAUGAAGCUUGUUUGUUUUA